AUGUUUCUGCCAUUAAUUCCUCCUUCUCGCUACCUUCUCUUGGCUCUGUUCUUCCUCUGCUUGCCACCCAUUAUUCCUUCCUCCGCCGUGACUUUCCGGCCAAAUUCCACUGCACGGCGGUGGCGCGUGUCCGACACGUUGCAUGGUCCUCAUGCAACGGCGCGUUACGUAUAUUUUCCCGGGAAGCCACGGUGGACGCGGCGAAUGCCGAUGGUGCUGACGUACGCAUUCUUGAAGGAAAAUUGGGUCAGCAAUUUGAGUUUAAAAGACGUGAAAUUCGUAUUUCGUACGGCGUUUUCUAAAUGGGCCCACGUGAUUCCGGUGAGGUUCGAGGAGACGGAGGAUUAUGGGUUUGCUGAUAUUAAAAUUGGGUUUUAUAGAGGCGAUCACGGCGACGGGCAGCCGUUUGACGGCGUGCUUGGGGUGUUGGCGCAUUCUUUUUCGCCGGAGAUUGGGAGGCUCCACCUGGAUGCGGCGGAGACGUGGGCGGUUGAUUUCGAGGUGGAGAAGUCGGCGGUGGCGGUUGACUUGGAAUCUGUAGCGACGCAUGAGAUUGGGCAUUUGUUGGGGCUGGGUCACAGCUCGGUGAGAGAAUCAGUGAUGUAUCCCAGCUUGAAGCCGAGGGAAAAGAAGGCGAAUUUGGAAGUGGAUGACGUGGAAGGUGUGCAAGCUUUGUACGGAUCCAAUCCCAAUUUCAGGUUUGAGUCUUCGGAAUUGGAGUCUGAUACUUCUGCCACUCACGCACCUGUUUCCACGUGGAUAAUGACCUGGAAUUUUCCCAUUUCUUUCUUUUUCUUUUUCUUUUUCACUUCCAAUUUUUUUGUUUUUCCAUGACCAUUAAAACAGCGUCGUUUUCUAGUGAGAUUUUGAUUUUUCCGUGAAUCAACUGGACGGGUUCACUAUACGUACUCCUAAGCUUGACUACAGACUCUCAUGUUGUUGCAUACUAGUGUACACAGUCGUCCGAAAUAUAUUAGGAAAGAAACUCAUAAACAUGAAUAUUAAACAUGCAUGAGAGCUUGUAUGCAUGAAAGAAACUCACUAUACGUACUCCGAGGCUUGACUACAGGCUCUCGUGUUGUUGUAUGCUAGUGUACGCAGUCGUUCGAAAUAUAUCAAGAAAGAACUCAUAAACGUGAAUAUUAAACAUGCAUGAGAGCCUGUAUGCAUGAAAGAAACUCAUUAUAUGAAC